GUUUCAAUUUGGACAAAGAUUUUAAAAGAUUGGGAUAAACAACUUAGUAGAUUGGACAAGAAUAUUCUUCUUAUUGUUGAUGGUGCUCCAGUACAUUGCCUUGAAGAAAAUAUUGAAUUGAAAUAUAUUCGUAUUGAAUUUUUAUUACCUAAUGCUAUCACACAUAUUCAACCCUGCGAUCAAGGAAUUAUCCAUUCAUUUAAAUGUUUUUAUAAGAAAGGUUUUAUCAGUAAUAGAAUCGAUGCAUAUGAUUCUAUUUAUAACAAGCCAAAUGAAAAUCUGCCAGCUUUUACAAUUCUUGAUGCAAUUUAUCUUGUGGCUAAUGCUUGGAAAAGUGUAACUCAUGAAACUAUUGCAAACUGUUGGAAACGAACUGGUAUUCUUCCUAUUAGUAACAAUAAUAAUGAAUUACCUAUUCAAUUUCAGGAUAUCGAACAUGAACAAGUUGAUGAAUUAAACAAAAUGAUUGCAAAACUUCCAAUUGAUAAUCCACUCAGCGCUAAUGAAUUUUUACAUUUGGAUGAU